CUUUGUCCCAUUUUUUACGUUGUCCUAUAGGCAAUCAACAAUACCGACAGAGUCAAAUUGACAGAUAGAUCCAGAUUGAGCAAAUUGCAAUCUUUUUAUCUUCAAUUAUGGAAAUCUCAAGUUUGAGACAAUGAUUUCACUUGACUUGACUCACCUCCACUACUACACGUCACUUUCUCAGAUUCAUUUUCUGCAACAAAACGCGUUACAGUAUUUUCCAAAAUCAAUAUAUUAAACGACCCAAUUCUCUUCUACUUGGUAUGUCUAUGUUUUUAGAGUAAACAAAGACAUCAAACCUCAAAAGUUUGUUUUUUUAUCGUUAAAUUUCAGUUGGGUUGGUCUCAAAAGUUUGUCUUUUUUUUUUAUCAUUAAAUUUUAGUUGGGUUGGUUAGAUUUGAUCCAUUAUGUUGUUACCUUAUCUACCAGAUGAUGUUUUUGCCACAGUUUCAAAGUUCCUUAUUCCAAGAGAAAUUUUCAAUCUUAGUCUUUGUUGCAAGAGUCUCUAUGCUCUUGCAACAUCUGAAAAAGUUUGGUUUACUCAAUGUGACAUUAUAGGUAUAGUGUCACAAAAAGACCUUGUUGAGUGGAGAGAGUGUGUUUCAUCUUAUAAAGCACUUUGUCGUUUUCUUUUGAGUGUUAAACCUUUGAUGGGAAUAUGGGUUCAACAGAAUCCUGAGCUUGGUAAUAUUGUUUAUGUAAUGCCGGGUUUUGUUUCUGUUAUCGCGUGUCGAAUAAUUCCUCAGGAAGUUUCUUCAUUAGGGAUUCAAGAUGGUCCUAUUCUUUGGUCAUCUGUGUUUGAAAUUGUUUGCGAUUUCGAUGGUUCGAAUAUGUUUUUUCUUCAUGGAAGGGGAGAAAAGGGAAUAGAUUGUGUUUAUCAUGGUUUGCUCAAGUGUGUUAAUAGAUUUUGUAAUUUAUUGUUGCUUGAGGUUGAACAUGUUAAUCAAGAUAAUGAGGCAAUAGUUCCUUUUCGCAAGUUUGGUUGUAGGGAUAGAAAAAAAUUGCUUGAGAUCACUACUAGCCAAGUUAGAUUAGAGAUUCCUAAUCAUGCAAAUGAACCAUUGUUUCCUAGAUCAAGGGAUGAUUGUGUUAAUUUUCAGAAAGAUUUGGUGCUGUUGAAGGAAAGAAGAGCAUUCCUCAGUCAAAUCACUCAAAUGUAUAAGCUUAGUAGUAUUCAGAUUGAAAAUAAGGAAAAUUCUCAAGGGGGAGAAGUUGGUUCAAUGCACUUAGAGGUUGAUGAUGAGAUAAGAAAGAGUAUUGACUAUUCAAAGGCUCUUUCUUUUCCUCCAAGCAAUGAGAAUGGUCUCACACAAUGCAUGAAGAGAAAAAGUCUUGGUGGUUAUUUUUGGGGUGGCUUCAAACAUAUCCUUGGAACAAGAGGCCAUCGAAGAUCUAGUUCAAUUGAUGGUUUUGUUGUUAAUGUUGAUCAGCAACACAACACGAUUGCAGGAACAAGAGACCAUCGAAGAUCUAGUUCAAUUGAUGGUUGUGUUGUCGAUAUUGAUCAACAAAACAACACAAACACAGGAACAAGAGAUGGUCGAAGAACUAGGACAAUCGAUGGCAGUGUUAUUGAUGUUGAUCAGCAAUACAACACAGUUGCAGGAACAAGAGACGAUGGAAGAUCCAGUACAAUCGAUGGCAGCGUUGUCAAUGUUGAUCAACAACACAACACGAUUGCGGUAACAAGAGAUAAUCAAACGAUGCUUAAUUCAAGCCAUGAGAUAAAGCAUGAUAGGCUUCGAGACUUUCUAAGAUCAAGUGAUACAUUAAGGCUAACAUUAAGCGCCUUAACUGUAAAAUUAUCAUCUUUUCGAGGUUGGCCGAAUAUGAACAAAAGUUGGUUUGCACUUUACAAGAUGCCUAUGCAAGUUCCUACAGUAGACCAAGUGUAUGCUGGUUUAUGGGGAGGAACCUUUGGUUGGCCUCAUGAAAAAAAUUCUCAAGACAAGCCUAGAAAGCCUCUUUUCUUUCUUUCGCUCUCUUAUUCGGAGUCCAACGGACAACAACUUCUCAUCGGAACAAAAAUAUUGGAAGGCACUUGUUACGCCUUGCAUCCUAAUGGCUCAGCAAUGUUUAUAGUGAAUAUCAAUGAGCCUUCAUCUGAUCCAUUUCCUUGGAAAACUGAUAGGGACUCAUUAUCGAUGAAUGUUGAACACACAUAUACAGGAGAAGGUAUUGCAUGUGGUUAUGGAUUCAAAUACCCUGGAUCAAAGUCUGGCUCCCUCUUUGUAUUUCAAAAUGGUAAUCUUGCCUUUGUUUGGAAGGAAUCAAGAGAUGUUUUGACACUGCAAAGAGUUGACUUGCAAGAACUUUUGAAGAAAGGAAAAAGGAUACCUUCUUUGCCACCCAUUGACAAUUUUUCAUAUUUGAUGAAGUCCUGCUUAAAUGUGUUUACAAGCUAAAAAUGUUGUUAUAUAGCUUAAUAGUUAUCAAUAUUUGCACCUGUUUUUUUCUUAUGAUUACUUCAAGCAUUUUGCAUUGAAGUUGCAAUUAAAAUGAUCUAUGAAUUGAUGACAA